CCGCAACAGACUGCAUCGCUGUUACUCCGUUGGGCAUAUAAAGAAAACGAUAUACUGCAGCCACAGCAAUUUUCAUUCAUCGCUUGCUCACAUCAGAGAAAACGGCCAGCCCCCCACUUCCUGUGUUCCCCAAUCAUAAGAAUGACGACCAUGACAGCAAGCGAAAGGGUGCCAGCUGGCAAGAAGAAGAUCUUCUUGAACAGUUAUGAUGGCCCGACCUACAGACUGGUAUCUACGAACCCAGCACGCGAUUGCACGCCGGAUGAGAUCCCCAUCAUCGACCUCGAAGGGAUGAACGGCGACCUCAAUGCCCGCAAAUCUGUUGCCGCCGAUAUAUUGCAUGCGGCGGAGACCAGUGGGUUCUUUUACAUAAAGAACCAUGGCAUCCCCGAACGCGUAACGGAAGAUGCCCAUCGAAAGGGUAUAGAGUUCUUCAAACUGCCCGAGGCGCAGAAGCGAAAGCUGGAAUCGAAAACCUCGGCAUACGGCUACUGCGGCUUCCGAGAACGACAGGCCAACCCUGCCGAAACAAAGGACAGGAAAGAAGCUUUCAUGUGCCAUUAUGAGCCUGAGUUCGACCCCCUUCACGAGCAGGCCCUCGAUAGCGUGCCUGCACACGUCAGACAGCACCUCCCCAAAGAGGAUUUCGACUGGACCGACGAAGGGGACUCUGCCGUCCUCCCAGGAUUCAAGUCCUCGGUCCUGGCUCACUGGCGUGCUUGUCUGGCGCUUUCGCGCCGUCUGAUACGGGUCGUCGCCCUAGCCCUCGAUCUUCCCGAGGACCACUUUGAUCACCUCACGACGUAUCCCGGCGGUGAUUUUGCAAUCAAUUUCUACCCUGGCCACGGCGACGAGCCUGUCCAGGACCCCGACGAGGUCGGUGUGGGUGCGCACACGGAUCUGCAGAUCUUGACACUGCUGUGGCAGGAUGGGCAUAGGGGCCUGCAAGUGCUCAACAGCGCGGGGGAAUGGAUGUGGGCGCCGCCAAUCCGCGGCACAUUCGUUGUCAACAUUGGCGACUUCUUCAUGCGGAUGACCAAUGACAGACUCAGCUCGACAGUUCAUCGGGUCAUCCAGCACGGCAGGGAAGAUAGGAUCUCGAUGCCCUUUUUCUUCGGUUUCAAUUUUGACCAGAAACUUGGCGUUCUGCCAACCUGCGUCGAUGAGAGCAACCCGGCCAAGUAUGAGCCUGUUACGUGCGGUGAGCUUAUUGCAAGGCGAUUGGCCCUGGCGGAAAAUACACGUUAGCGAAACAGCAUGUGGAGAGACAAACGCCUCACAAAAGGACGAACCUGGUGAAACCGAUGUAUUCAGCCCUAGACCAUCGAUUGCUGGGCCGCGAGGGAGCGUUUGUUUGGUUGCACUGCCAAUCCGAAAGAAGGCAAACCUCCGUCCGGGGGUCCACAACUGGGUUCCUAAAGUCAGCCGCUCAACCACUCUGCAUGUAGGAAUAACUGGCUGGGUCUUGUGGUCGCGGUCUGCGUUAGUAGGGUGGAUGCGGUUUCUGGUCAACGUAGCGAUCCGGAGGAUGUUUCUAGGUCGUCGUACCCAAACCUGGUAAGUCGGGGGCUUUUCAUGUGAUGACCAUGAAGGUAAAUGCGAAGCCAUAUCAAGUGGAGAGCGUCACGCUCACCGAGAUGUUCGAAGCACUCAGAAAAGCGGCUAAGCGUUAUUGAACGCUCAUCUAAACCAACUUCUCCGAGUAAGCCCGAUGUCGCGUGAUUAGCGGCGGUUGGCGUUUAUCGGUGGAGACGAGAAUGGGAAAAGGGGAUUUGGUGAUUGAAGAGAGUGUACAUGGAUUGUCUGGUGUGUGCCUACGGCAGCAGGGGACCACCGCGCAGCGUAAGCAGCAGCAGCCCGCGUCGUAAGUCCACAGAGCCGUUAAUCCUCACUGCCAUGCCAGUAGUAGUAGUAGUAGCAUGAUUGCU